AUGGCUUACCGUUUCGCGUGUGUCCUGCUGACCGUGGCCCUCUGUGCCGUUCCAGCGCUGAGCUUCUCGGCCGGUGCCCCGAACGGUGCCUGUGGUGAUAUGGUUCCGCAGCAUCACACCGACCCGCAGAAAUCGGCUGCACCGUACCAAAUCAUCCUUUCGAAGAAACAGAUUAGAGCUGGCGAAGGUGUCACGAUCACUGUGCAAGGUAACAGCGCCAAGGACACGAUCAAGGGACUGCUCUGCCAGACGCGCGUAGGUGAGACACCAGUUGGUGCAUUCGAUGUGCCACCGAACAACAACUACAUCCAGAAGCUGGACUGCGGCAAUUCCAAGGCGUCGGCCAUCACACACAAGAAGAUUGAAAACCCACCGAACGCUAUCACCUUCAACUGGAUCGCCCCGAAGGGACUGAGCGAGCAGGCGCAGGUCUACUGCACGAUCGCACUCAACGGAGGCGUAUUCUGGGUGAAACACUCGUCUGAUUUCCUGAAGGUGAACUAA